AUGGAUGCUCUCACACCCGAGCUGAUAUUGACCCAGGAUCUGAUCAUGAAUGACAAGGUCUUGGACGAAGGUAAGCAGCUCGGGCUGCUGGGCAAGGAAAUGGUUGAGUCACGCUUGCAACUUGAGCAGCUGAUCUCAGAAGGCUAUGCGCUGGACGAGCGUGGCCGGUAUGAACCGGUAAUCGACCUGUCCUUCCUGAACAUGUCUUCGAUGAAGGACAGCUGCAGCCAGAUUCGGACGCAGAUGCAGAAGCAGGAAGAAGACAAGAGGAAGCAGGAGCAGGCCAAGCUCCAAGCCGAACUCGAUGAAGAGGACACGCGAGAAGACCAGCAACUGCUGCAGGAAGCUGGAGAUUUGUCUUACAAGGUUCCAACGCGAGAAUGGGAUGGCCAAUUUGCGCAGGACAGUAGCCCCCAGAAGGUUGCCAGCGGCCUGAAGCUCGAGGCCAAGCUCACUGAACAGCGAAUCACCAGAUACUUGACCGCCGAGCCAGACGACAAAGGAGUCGUGAAGGUGUACAUCGAUGAUCCGGAUGUUGCCAACGCGAGCAAAGAGAGUAUUCACGUGUCGUUCAGCAUGAGCACAUAUACAGUGCGGGUCGGCACAUCGCCCUGCUUGGUCCUGGGCCCUGUGGAUUGCGGUGUCAUUGACCAGGAGGCUUCCUCUUGGCGACUCUCCAAGGGCAAGCGGCUGACGCUUUCCCUGGUCCUGUCUGAAGCUGGCAAGCUCAACUUCCAGCAGCAGAAGCGGUGGGAAGAGUUCGAGGCAAAACUGAAAGCAGAGAAGGAGAAGAAAAAACAGGCUGGCGAGGAUGCCGCAGAACCUCCUGCUCGGCCCGCUCCGGUUGCACCUGAUGCACCAGAGGGGCCCCCGCCGAUGAUGCCGGUCGACACGCCCAACGUCUCGAAUCGGAACCUCUUGGCAGCCUGCUUUGUAGCGCUGGUCGCUGUGCUGCUGGGUCUUUGGCUCUCCAGCCGCCGGUGA